AUGGAGAGUGAUAAUAUUAAACAAAUGAAAUAUGAUGUUCAAGAGAAAACCACAUGUCUCUGGAAAAUAAUAAAUCAAUGGAUAAGAGAUAUGAAUGUACUUCAAAGAGAUGAAAAUAUGAAGGUUUUAAUUGAAUUGGUUGAGUGGAUUACGUUUAUAAGACGCUGGUCAAAAAGACGUAUUAAUGAAGAAUUGGUUAAUCAAGUUCCAGAAGAAAUAGCAAAAUGUGCCGAACUUGAACACAAGUCUGAGAAAGAAUUAGAUGAAAUGCUGAAAAUUGCGGUUGAAUUCGUUGCUGUUUAUAUAACAAAUGGCUAA